AUGGACGACAGGUGGGACGUGGAGGACCCCCGCCGUCCGCGCCGCGCCAACCGCGGCAACCUACUGCCCGAGCUGCUCGAGAAGGGCCUCAACUCGGAGGAGGAGGAGCUGCUGCACGACCUCAGCGACGCGACGACGGACAGCACCUUUAGCGCCAGCGGUGAGGAGGCGAUGGACGAAAUCGACAGUGACUUCUCCGAUGAGGAGGAGGAGGGCGUGCUGGACGGCGCGGUGGUGGAGACGGAGGCGAUGGUACAGCGUGCCGAGCGGGAGGAGCGGCGGAGGGAGCGCCAGCGUGCACACCGCCGCGUGGGUGGGAAAGGCGCGGCGGCAUCCGCGGACGCCCACAAAACGGCCGCGUUACGACUGCGGCCACCGCCGACCAUCCCACUGGAGGAGCGUCUGCGAGCCGCACGUAAGCGUGCGCGUGAAGUGCGGGCAGCCGCUGCGGCCGCUGCAACAGAAAACGUCGAGGCGGAAAAGAGGCACGACACCGGUGCGUCGCCGUACAACGUUGGGGCGUCCAUCACAAGGCGACGUCGCACGCACCAUCGCACAAAGACGGGUCAGCAAUCACUGUUGGGAGAGGAAGGAGAAGAGGAGGUGGCGCAGCGCGUUCUCUACACCAGCAGCAGGAGUGUGCUGGAUCAGUUUGGUGUGCCGCUUGUGAUAUCAUUCUCCAACUGUCUGCCAAGACUGUUCCAGUCACGGUCAUCCAGCACGUAA